GCCGGUUUCGACUGAGAGCGACGAAUCGGCAGGGUCUUCGCCAUUAUCGGAUCUGACGUUCCCCGAUUCAGCGGAUUCGCCAUGGGAACAACCUUCGGAAAGCUGUAUGUUGCAGAAAUAUCCGUCUGAAAUUGAUUGGGCUUCGAUUUUCACGUCUUGUUGAUGUAUUGAUUGGUAAAUUUGUAGGCGUCGUCUUUCGGGAGAUUCUGCGACUAAGUUUUUGGCAGUCGGCAGAAUCAGUUUCAGUUUCGGUUUCAGUUGUUUUUUAGAGUUAUGAAAGUAAGGGAAGUGUUAAUAGGAAAGGAAAUCUCCACCGCCGCCAUGGCCGGCGGCCAACUUUUUUUGAGCUGCUCGGCCGGCGGUGGAUGUAGACGUUAUUAUUAUUAUUUUGCUGUAAUUGGUAGAUGUCAGCUCGCAGUACAUUUCUGUAAUUUUCUCUUAGUAUUAUUAUUAAUAAUAUUUAACUUUGUGUUGUUUUAGAAUCCA